GCGCAUGGGCAGGAACCGGCGGGCGGCCCCCGGAGCGAUCGGGGGUGCGCGCCUGGGAUCUGAGGAUCCCGGGCGGACCGAGCGGCCGCGUCGGGCACCCAGAGCAGCCGGAGGAGCUGCUCAGGAGGCAAAUGAAGAUAAAAAAAUGUCCGCCAACCUAAAAUACCUUUCUUUGGGAAUUUUGGUCUUUCAGACUACCAGUCUGGUUCUAACAAUGCGUUAUUCUAGAACUUUAAAAGAGGAGGGACCUCGUUAUCUAUCUUCCACAGCAGUUGUUGUUGCUGAACUUUUGAAGAUAAUAGCCUGCAUUUUAUUGGUCUACAAAGAUAGCAAAUGUAGUCUAAGAGCACUGAAUCGAGUACUCCAUGAUGAGAUUCUUAAUAAACCUAUGGAAACGCUUAAACUUGCAAUUCCAUCAGGGAUAUAUACUCUUCAGAAUAAUUUACUAUAUGUGGCAUUGACAAAUCUAGAUGCUGCUACUUAUCAGGUCACCUAUCAGUUGAAAAUUCUUACAACAGCACUGUUUUCUGUGUCUAUGCUUAGUAAAAAAUUAGGUGUGUACCAAUGGCUCUCGCUAAUAAUUCUGAUGACGGGAGUUGCUUUUGUACAGUGGCCCUCAGAUUCUCAGGAGCUUGAUUCUAAGGAUGCUACAGCCAGCUCUCAGUUUGUCGGCCUCAUGGCAGUUCUCACAGCUUGUUUUUCAAGUGGCUUUGCUGGGGUUUACUUUGAGAAAAUUUUAAAAGAAACCAAACAAUCAGUGUGGAUAAGGAAUAUCCAACUAGGUUUCUUUGGUAGUAUAUUUGGAUUGAUGGGUGUAUACAUAUAUGAUGGAGAAUUGGUAUCAAAGAACGGAUUUUUUCAAGGGUACAACCGACUGACUUGGAUAGUUGUUAUUCUCCAGGCACUUGGAGGUCUUGUAAUAGCUGCUGUUAUUAAGUAUGCAGAUAAUAUUUUAAAAGGAUUUGCAACCUCUUUGUCCAUAAUAUUAUCAACACUAAUAUCCUAUUUUUGGCUACAAGAUUUUGUGCCGACCAGUGUCUUUUUCCUUGGAGCCAUCCUCGUAAUAACAGCUACUUUUCUAUAUGGUUAUGAUCCCAAACCUGCAGGAAAUCCCACGAAAGCAUAGUCGAAUAAUGUCUUUAACUGGUUGUUCACAAUGGUGCACUAGGAAUAUCAAAACUAGUUUUACGCAGAGUAUGUCUGCAGAUUCUAAGAAGAAAGCACCAUGCUUAUUCUGGUAUUAUUCAAAUGAUCUGAAACUAUGUAAGUUAAAAAUACAUGUGUAUAUUUAACAAAGCAACUGUUGUGUCCAGAAAUUAAAACUUGAAAAUGUUCCCAGGAAUUAGAAUUUAUUGGAGGAAACAUGAAGUCUGAAUUUUAAUUUUUCAAUUGCAGCAGAAAUAUUCUAUGCAGUCUGUAAGAACACAUAA